CAGAUAAUAUAUAUAACAAACAUGCCAUUGUUAGAUUAUGAUGUACAUAAAGAGUUGGGAAGAGGUGCAUUCUCUGUUGUAUUCUUGGUGACUGAGAAGAAGACAAAGAUACAAUGGGCUAUGAAGGUCAUUGAUAAGAAGGCAUCAACAACAUCAGCACUUCAAACAGAGAUUGAGAUCAUGAAGAAGGUUGAUCAUCCAAAUAUUGUAAAGAUGCAUGAGUAUUGGGAAUCAGUUGAUAAGAUAUACUUGGUUGUAGAGUUGGUCGAAGGAGGUCAACUGUUUGAUAAGAUUAUGGUGAAGAAGUCAUUUUCUGAGAAGGAGGCAAGAGUGAUUGUAAAGCAGUUGUUGGAGGCAUUGGAGUAUAUACAUAAGAUUGGCAUCGUACAUAGAGAUCUCAAACCAGAGAACCUGUUGCUAAAGUCUGAGGAGGACCUCACCAUCACUCUGUCUGACUUUGGUCUGUCAAAGAUACUGGGCGAUGACACAUUCAUGAAGACGACAUGUGGAACACCUUCGUACGUGGCGCCCGAGGUGCUCAAGAACAUCAACGCUGCGCCCAACGCCUACUCUGAGGCCGUCGACAUGUGGUCUGUGGGUGUGAUCGCCUACAUCCUGCUGUGCGGCUUCCCUCCCUUCUACUGCGACGACAUUAGGAAACUGUUCGAGUCGAUCCUCGCCGCGAGCUAUGACUUCCCUGAGCAAUACUGGAAGAACAUCUCAAAGGAGGCCAAACACUUUAUCAACUGCUUCCUCACCGUCGACCCUGCCAAGCGUUACUCUGCCAAGAUGGCCCUGGAGCAUCCAUGGAUCACGCAAGCACCCCAGUCUACGCCACUGCCACAUUGGAAUGAUCAGAUCAAGAAGUACGUAGUCAUCAGAAGGAAUGAGAGCAAGAAGUUUGGAGCCGAGCUAUCUUUCCUUAAGAACUUUAAGCCUGCCGCCUCAAGUAAU